CUUAUCCAGUCUCCUGCUUACCUCAGUGUUUGGCUGAGGACUUGGUUUGAGGCAUUCGCACAGCCGGCAUGGCCACCUCGCCUUCUCCUCUUUUCCUCUUCCCUCUGGGCUGAGCAUCGCGUCUGGUGAAGACCCAUGUCACUCCGUGAAGAAAAAUUUGAAAUCUUGAACCUGGGUAUGAAGACUGGGGACACCCUGAAAAUCAAGGGCAAGAUAUCUGAUGAUGCUGAUGGCUUCAGCAUCAAUCUUGGCUGCAGCUCCUCAGAUCUGGCACUUCACUUCAAUCCCCGCUUCAAUGAGUCUGUCAUUGUCUGCAACUCCAGGUGCUCCAAUGCCUGGCAGGAGGAGCAUCGUGAUAACCACCUCUGUUUCCCCAAGGACUCCACUUUGAAGAUCGUCAUUGAAAUGCUGUCAGACAAAUUCCAAGUGAAACUACCGGAUGGGCAUGAAGUGGAGUUCCCCAACCGGCACUGCUAUGACAAGAUCAGCUACAUGAGCAUCAAGGGAGGCUUCAGGGUCACCUCCUUCAAGCUGGACUGAUGGGUGCCGCUUCCUAGCUCUAAUAAAAACCCAAGCAGUGGAACACUGCUUGCUCCAGCUGCUUUGGCUUCUCUGAGA